UUCCCGGGUGGCGUUGCGGGCGCGGCGGAGGGGCUCGCGGUCCCGUCUGGAGCUGCUGUGGAGGAUGACCAGCCUGUUCCGCCGCAGCAAUGGGGCUUCGCGGGGAGGGGACUCCGAGUCGGGCGAGCUCAACAACAGCAGGCCGGCCAGGCAGGUGCGCCGGCUGGAGUUCAACCAGGCCAUGGACGACUUCAAGACCAUGUUCCCCGGCAUGGACUACGAGGUCAUCGAGUGCGUGCUGCGGGCCAACAGCGGGGCCGUGGACGCCACCAUCGACCAGCUGCUGCAGAUGAGCGUCGACGGGCAGGGGUCGGACGACAGCUCAGACUCUGACGACAGCAUCCCGCCCGAGAUUCUAGAGCGGACACUGGAGCCGGACAGUUCCGACGAGGAGCCCCCUCCCGUUUACUCCCCUCCCACCUAUGACAUGCACAUCUACGACAGGAAGUACCCGGAAGCUCCACCCACUCCACCACCCAGAUUCGAAGCCCAGCCCCCUCCCGGGCACCGGCAGGUCCGUGGAUACAGGGAUUGGAACCCCCCGUUGCUAGGCAACCUGCCAGAUGACUUCCUGCGGAUCUUGCCCCAGCAGCUGGACAGUGUGCAGAGCUCACAGAGCAGCCUGUCCCUGCCUUCCUCCUCCUCCUCCUCUUCCUCGCUAUCGACCAUGGCGCAGCAGGUUGCAUUGGGGGGUGGGCCUGGGACCGUUGCCGUGGGGACGGAGCAGGAGCGGAAGCUGAAGCAGUAUUUGGAGGAUGAGAGGAUUGCGCUCUUCCUGCAGAAUGAGGAGUUCAUGAAGGAGCUGCAGCGCAACAGGGAGUUCCUCAUCGCCCUGGAGAGAGAUCGGCUGAAGUUUGAGUCAAAGAAUUCCAAGUCCUAUCAUUCAUCUGCUAGCGUGGAGAAUUCCACAGCAGGAGAGCACUGUGCCUCUGGAUCCGGGGAGGCCUGCAUCCCUGUUUCCGAUGAUGCCUUGUUCCGAGACAAACUCAAGCACAUGGGCAAAUCGACCAGGAAGAAGCUUUUCGAAAUAGCCAGAGCGUUCUCGGAAAAGACCCGGAGGAAAAGGACGAAAAGAAGAACAGGCCUCAAACACCAGUCAUUAGGCACUGCCACCUCCACAGCCAACCUCCUGGAGGACGUGGAGGGAACACCAUGUGAGGAGGAGAGUCGGCUCAGGGGACAGGGUGCAAAGGAAGAGGAGGAGCCCCACAAAGAAGCGUCGUCAUGAACUUUCCAGAUGUUUCCACUUCAGGAUUUCCAUAUCAACAAUGGAACAACCUUUGGCUUUGACUCCUCCUCCCUGACCCAGACCAGCCAAUCCCAAGCCUGUCAGUGCCAUGGGACACAUCUCCUGACACCACACCCAGUUGAAGAGAAACCACAUUGCACUGUAUUUGUUGUUUGGAGGCCCCCCCGUCUCACUCUGGACCUAUAAUUCCAGUACUGUUAGUGUAUAAAUUGUCAAUAUUUAAUUUAUGAAGCUAACAAGCUCUUAAGCUGCCAUUUGUUAGAUAAUGUUUUCAUAACCAUUUUUAUAUAAUUUCACUGAAUUCUCUCAUAGGAAAAUUCUUAUUAUAAUAAUGGUUUUAUAGUGUGUUGUAGUUGCCUUGAUUUGUUUCUCAUUGUUUUGCAGCCCAGGUGAUGUCUUCCUGGGCAGGUGGUUGCAGAUGGUUAUUUACUGGGGCAGUAAAAGCCGUAGCAGUGGUCAGUGUGAAAACGGGGUGACACUCAGGACUCCAUUUACAAGUGCAGGCUCUUCUGUUCACUUUACUGAUGAUGGAGUGGAGCCACUUUGCUGUGGUUUAAAUUGAGUGCUGUGAGAGCAGCCAUAUGAAUCAAAACCUGCCUGCUAAUUUCCGAUGCGUAUAUUGAGGUGCUGUAAAAACUUUAGCUGUGUGGCUUGACUUCCCCCUCCAGAAUGCAUGGGCCAUUCACACAAGCCAGAAUAUUAUCCUGUUUCAGUAGGUCAUAUUAUUUCUGUUCUACCUACUUGGUGAUGGAAAUGGAAUGGGUCAUGGUACCUUCCAUAACUUCCAUGCCUGAGUUUGCUUAAAAUAUAAAAAGAACGCACUUUGUCCUUACUUCUGAUGAUAAUUGGCAUUGAAUAUGCCUCCACUGAACAAGAACAAAACAAACCUGAAAGGAUAUCUGCAAUGAAUGAACUCUAACCUCUGCAGUGCAAGCUUUAUCAUUCUUUUUUUAAACAAAGUGGCUCUGUCAUCUGAAAGGGGCACUUGUAUAGAUAGAAGCCAUUAUCAAUGUUUUGUAUUAUGGUGCAAGAUUGUUUCCUCCCCUGAGUAUCCCAUCUGUUCUGGAAUGUUCUCUUGAGGGUUCUUCUACAUGUGUGAUGAGGGAGAAGCAAUUUUUUAAAAUGAAGUAAACACUCUAGCAGUUUGGCAAAAAUGGACUCCCCCCCCCCCCCCCCCCCCAGAGGAGCAGCUUGAUGUGGUAGAAUGUAGUUUGAUUUGUGAACCUAAGUUCUUUAUAAAGUCUUUUGUCAUUUCUGUUCACAAGUCAAACAGAUGGGUCGGAUGCGACCAUGUUCCUUUCAUGGACACGCUGGAGGGAAUGCUGUUUCUACAUCUUUUGUACACCCUUAGCAACCUUAGGCAGGCUGUCCUUUCCAGAGCAGUGUUCUGCAAAAUUGCAAAACCACUAAAGGACAGCUGUGGCUGCUAAAAUAAGAAUUCAUUUUUUACUUCUGUAUGAUACUGCACAAAAUGAGUGUUGAAUAUUGAAUGAAGGGAUCUCUCCAUGGAGGAGAUGGAAAAGAACAUUGCUCCUGUCACUGUAUUACCAAUAAUUCUGCUGCAUUCUAGGACUGAACAUUCUGUAUGAAAUGGGGAGAGUGAAGAAUCUUGCUUUAUGAAGCGAUAUCUUUGCCAGUGUUAUUGUUACUAGUAACGUUAUUAGACUUUUUUAUAGAAAAUAGAAAAUAUGCACCUGUAUGGAAAGCUGUGUAUGUUGCAAAUGUAUACACAAACUUAAAAAAAAAAAACAGUCGGUGAGGAGAACCACGAGAAAAAAACAAAAACUUGCUUUAUACUUUUUAUUUUAUGCGUGAGACUUCUAGUUCUUGAACUGAAUGAAAUAUCCGGUUGGAUGUGUCAGUGAAGGCUGAUUGGAGGGUAGGCUUGCAGCCAUAUAUGAAUGAUCUUAGAGAGACAUCUGCCCUGAUGAACAGAAUGUGAAGGGAGUUGGUAUUCCCGUUAUAUUUUGUUUCUCUCUUUCACUUGCCAUGGAUUAUAUGAAUCUGUGAAUCACCUCCAGACUGACCCUGCAUGAAGGCGUCUGAAUUCUGAAUAUGUCAUAUGAGACAGGUGAACAGGUGGAUCCAAUUGGACUUAAUUCCAAAUGACUGAUUUCAUAAUUGUGCGUGUGCACUGCGCUUUCCUCCAAAACGUGCGUAUCCCUUUUGCUUAUUUUCAUCCAGCAGGCUGUCUUCAUAGUUCACCAGUUACUGUAGGCAUGUAUGCGUGUGCUUGUUUUUAUGUUAGAUGGCAUGUGUGUGCAGCUUAUUCAAUGAUUCCUUCUUCUCAUGUUCUGUAAAUGAGUGUAUGUUAAAGCUGAACUGAAUAUAGUUCACAGGGUCAGUCUCAUCACACAAUUUUGCAAUUUUGCACCUGAUCACAAAAUUAACCAACCCAUUUCCUUGAGUAUUUAACAAUGAACAACUUGUUUUGUUGUGCUACAAAACACAUUUGGUAAUUAUAACGGUGGACCGAAGAGAGCAAGAUCAAUGUUUUUGUUGCCAUCAAAUGUGUUUACAGUCCCUCUUUGACAAGAGAGCAAGUGACUUUUAGUUCUUCUGUAACUAACAUUAUUUUUAAAGCAAUUAAAUAGUUUUAUUGCAGACCUGCCAGGGGAGAACACAAGGCAGUCAUCAGAGCCCUUAAAGCUUGGUUCUGUUUUCAGUGUGAAUUUGCAUAAAUUGUUCUCAAAUUCUACUCCAGCCCCUUUAACAGCAGCUUUUUGUCCUUGUCCUGAAAAAUCAGGCAGCUCCUGAUGUAAUCAGCUCAAUCAGCCUUUCUUUACUGACAUUUCGGUCUCUUGAUUUGUGUACAUUCCAGUGCACGUAAUGUAGAAUCGGUAAGGAGGCACUCAGUUUGCCUACCUUGGGAAGAAAUCCAUCCAUCUUUGUUGGUGCUUUUCACAUCUGGCUGUAAACUAGAGAGACGCCAGUGUAAAACACACGCAGAUGUUCCCUUCGUGUAAUGCCGAGGGUAAUGUUUCUGAGCAUGGAUGAAUAAUUUGUGAACUUAAUUAAUGGAGGCUUAUGUUAUCAUAAGAAAGCUUGUGUUACCCAACUUCUAUGUGUGCUUGUUUGUCUGUGUGUGGGUAUGUGUAUGUAUGUGCACGCGUUAUCUGCAGGUAAAUAACUAAUCUGCUCAGGGAAGCAUUCAUUCUGUACUUCUGUUCAAAUAUUUUUAGAAGCACAAUUAAACACCAAUAGCAACCACAUCAAAGUUGUUGCAUGGUUAAUAUACUUCAUCCUGCGUAUCCAAUGAACCUUAUGGUUAGGAAGUGCAGGACUAGGUCUGCCCCCUGGCCCUCAUCCUGGGGAAACACUAUAUUGUUUCUUGCUCAAACUACAAUUGAUUUAUUAGUCCUGAUUGACAUUUUCUGAAGGUUAGUGUUACAUGCUGUGACACACCCCUGAGUGGAUAGACAAGCUGGACACAGGGAGAUUUGGAAAUUCCGGAUUGCACCGGCCUUUUAUUCCUUUAUUGCGGACCCUGAGAGGGAGCAAGAGCAAUUAAAAAAAUAUACACAAAAUCUUUGCCCAUCGUCCUCAUGGAAUCCUCAUGUAAAAACUAAACUAAAUAAGGGCAAACUAAAUCAAACCCACGGUCGCUUUCCAGCUCUGUCUCUCUCGGACACUGUUCUCUUGUCUGUGGUUCCCCAGUCUCAGCCUCCUAGUGCAGAAAAAAGCACACAUUAAACAGCCUGGAGUAAUUUGAAACAUAGUCCAGGUGUGUGCCUACUGAACCAGUAGGUGUGGUCCUUGGAUUGCCAUGCUUCCUUCCCGCAAACUGCGUCCUUGCCACAGUUAGAUGUAACAAAUAUGGAUCAAGUGUUUUCAAUAGAAAUGGUAAUAUCUGACCCUUGAAUUAACUUGUAGUGGCUGUCUCAAACUUUUGAUUAUUCAAUUAUUCUUGGCCUGAAAGCAGUUUAUCAAAUAUCUGCUUCCUUCUCCCAAGCUGGAUAAUAAUUAAGGAUCAAAACUAAGCAGGAUAUCAAGCCAAUAUUCAAUAACAUCUUCAACAAAUGUUUUUUUUUUUUAUUAAAGUUUAGCUUUAAGAAAAUGAGCAUUCUUCAACCAGAGCAUUACAAAAAUAACUGGCUUCAACGUAAACUCGCUGAAUGUCUUUGUUUUUAUUUAAUUCAGCCAAUACCGUGUCAUUAGUAUAUAUCUGUCACAUCUUCCCAUCUCAUGUAAACAUUGGCCACUGACUGUAGUUGAAUAACUGCUAAAUUGCAGGCUUAGGUUCAGCACACCACUGAGACUUGGUAAGAUGUGGCCUAUCGCAGGAACCUGUUACCCUGGCUGAAUUUUAAUUUCCUUACAUUUAUAUAAGCAUGUGUUCUCCAAGAUCCAGGUCAUUUCAACAGCUCCAUUUCUUUCUCUUCAGCUUGAGACCAGCUUCAAGACUUGUGAUUCACUAACUCACGGAUUACACUGGGCUAUAGACUGAAGGUCUAUACUCCUGGCAUAACAUUGUGGAUUUGAAUGAAUUUUAUUAGCCAUUUUUCAGGAUUUAAUUCCAUGCAAAUGUUUUAUUCCAGUAACUAUUAUGAGUGAGCAGGGCACCAGAAAUUUAUUUGUAUGUAUUCCUCUUUUGUGUGCAUUCCUCUUUCGUGUGCUCCCUUAAGCAACAGCUCCCUCCAAAGGUAUGUGUGAUAUAUGAAUGUAUGGAAUGGAUAUGAAGCCAGUCUAACUGCUUAUAACAGCUAAUGUACUUGUUUACAAUGUACCUGUGUGGGCCUGCUGUCUAGAAUGACUCAUAGCCCUGUCAUAAGAAUGUACUGUAUUGCUAUAUUUACUGGUGAGAAGAUUUAAAGGCCUGGUCUUAUGUUUUAUAUAUAAUGAAGCAUAUAUACUCUGACUGACGGGUGACAACCUUUGAAAAAAAAGGUCAAAUAACUGCAGUUAAAAAUGGAAAACAAAAAUAGAAAAUUGAUCAUUUCUAAGAUUCAAAAUGGCAUUUGUAUUCAUAGAUGAGCUGAUAAUACAAUGGAAAACAUGUUUGGUGUGCUCUAACUGUCCAAACAAAAUGUAUGAUUAUGUAAGUUAUUGUCAUACUUUCAAGAUUAUUUCCAGAUCAGAUCUUUCUUACAUUUCAGAGAUGUUAAUUUGCUAUUGAAAUAAUAAAAUUGUGAUGUAUCCUG